AAAGUAUCAGAGGUUGCAAACACCGACAGCGAAAAGGAAUCAGCGCAAGCCUCACAAGAGAGUGCACCUGCCUCUCCAGCCGAGAAACCUCGGCCAAAGCGGACGAGAAGAGGGCAGAAAGCAGCAGAGAAAGAAACCGCCAAACCUGAAGAAACCCCCAAACCUGAAGAAACCCAGCCCGAACCGGUAAUAUCACCGAAAGAAGAGAGAAUAUCGCAACCAGAAUCAAACUCCCCCAUACUGCAGCCGAUCAAAUCCAAAAUACCGACCAAAGAGACCAAAUCUCGAAAGAAAAACAAAGAAGAUGCAAAAAAGAACACAGAAAUUGAAGAUACGGUGCAAACCAUAGAUGAGACUGAUACGCAAAGUGUUCUGGAACAAACUAGAAUAAUUACCAUGAAUUCUACGGUUACAAUUAUGGAUAAGACGGUUGAUUUGCCGAAUGGAGUUUAUAAUCAUGAUCCGGGGACACCUAAUAAUGUUCGUCACAUGAACGAGACGGUGGUAUUAGAAACUUGUAGCAGGGAGACUAUAGUUCUGGAGAAACCUCAUGCUAUCAUGGAUGCUACCGUCGUUAUUGACAAAGAUCCGAAGCAUCCGAAUGUGCCGGAAGACAACUCGCUGCUAACAGACGACGAAGACGCGCCAAGCCCGCGCACGCCGCCCAAGCAGCAGCCGCCCAAGCCGCAGCCCACAUCGGCUGUAAAAGAAAAGGUGCAACAGUUCGAAGAAUUAGCGUCACGGGUCACGAGAACUAAGACGCGAGCCAUGGCCAAAAAGGAAGAGGACAAGCCAGAAGAUUCCCACACGCCACCAGACAAGAUCAUGAAAGCGGUUCUGUCCGCAGACACCCUCAACAAAAUGAACAGCAUGAUAUUCAACGGAAAACCCGCGCAACAGAUAUCAAGUUCAGCGUCCAAACCGCGUGCCAACGUGGUAAGCAGCGUGAAAUCCUUCAUCCCCGCCUCCACUUCCAAACUGAGCUCUGUGAGCAAGCACAAGGAAGCGGCUGAAGAAAGCUUGAAAAGGGAGAAAGAAGACGCCAGGAAGAAAAAGGAGGCUAUGCUGGAGGCGAAACGGGAACAGCAGAAGAAAAAACGCGAAGAGAAAAUGGCCGCCGCGGCCGCUGUACGUGAAGCCGCGGAAAGGGAACGCCGCGCUGCCAUGGAGGCAGCGGCAAGAGAACGCAUGGAGAAGCAAGCACAUGUCGAUCAAGGCAAGCUGGAACGGUUGAAGGAAACAGAAAGGGGCAAAUUGGAGCCGUUGAAGGAAACAGAAAGGUCCAGUAGCAGAUGGAACAUUUUAAUAGCAGUAAAAGAAGCCGCGGAAACGGAACACCGCGCUGCCAUGGAGGCAGCGACGAGAGAACGUAUGGAGAAGCAAGCACAUGUGGACCAGGGCAAACUAGAGCGCUUGAAGGAAACAGAAAGGAAAAAGCAAGAGCUAGCCCGCAAGGUGGCAGAGACAGAAGAACGGAGGCGUGCAGAAGAGCAAGCGAGACAACAACGUUUGGCCGACGAACAGAAACGCGCCGACGCGUUACGACGCAAGCAAAUCGAGGAGGCCGAGGC